CGUGCAUUUAGCAAAUAGCAAAGCUGGCAAAGCAAAGUAGCAAAACAAAAAUUGUAUGUAGCAACUGCAUGAAAAUUAAUUGUCCUUCGUUUUGCGAGCCGGUAUUUUUGAGAUUUUGCCAAAAACCAGCCGAUAGUUUUGAGAUCGACUUCAUUUUUGCAUACGUCCGUCCAAAGCUAAAUGUUUUGAUUGCUGAGUCGCCGAAAUUCUUCAGAUUUUGAGCUGAAUGACGUGGAAGCAGCAGUUGGACGCCUUUGUUUUGUUUUGAUUUGUAUGCAAAACUUUCAAGGAAUUUAAUUUAGCAAGUCCAAAAUGUUUGAGAUCACUGACUUGCAAAAAAUUGGCGUAGGCCUGGUUGGAUUUGGCGCAGCAUUUCUGUUCCUAGGAGUUCUCCUUCUCUUCGACAAAGGCCUUUUGGCAAUAGGAAAUAUUUUAUUCAUCUGCGGCUUGGCCUGCGUCAUCGGGCUUGAGAGGACUUUCAGAUUUUUCUUCCAGAAGCACAAAGCCAGAGGCACACUGUCCUUUUUCGGAGGGAUUGCCGUCGUCCUUCUCGGCUGGCCUCUCAUUGGCAUGCUAGUCGAAACCUACGGCUUUUUCCUUCUCUUCAGAGGAUUCUUCCCAGCAGCUAUCAAUUUCAUGAGGAGGCUCCCUGUCUUAGGAACGCUCCUGAACAUGCCAGGAAUCAAAUCGUUUCUCCCAGUGGCAGAGGACGAAGCAAUUUAAAUUAAUAUCUCAAUUUUAUAAUUCACAUGGGUUGUUGAUCGGUUAGCUGGUGACCAAAACAGGUUAAAUGUUUGAAGAGCAAAAAAUUCAAAAGAUGCUGAGUUUUGCCUCUCUCUAUCCUGCACUUUUUGAAAGAAAGCAACUACGAACGUCAUUAAAAUAUUAUAAUUGUACAGCCGUUUCCAUGCACUCGUUUUAAUGGCCACCGUGUGGCUGGAUGUUUCUUGUGGAAUAAAAUAAAUAAUUAAGUUAUGAAAAAUAAAGUAA